GUGGCUUACCUUUAAAAUAAUGCAAGGAGUAUUGACACAGACUUAAUGAAUACAGAACUUAAAAAAAUUAAGAAAAGAUAUUUCCAAGCAUUCUUGCACUGGAGUUGCAAGUAGGAUGGAUAAGUAUGAAAAGAUUGGGAAAAUUGGAGAGGGCUCUUAUGGCGUGGUAUUCAAGUGUAAGAAUAAAGACACUGGACAGAUUGUGGCCAUCAAAAAAUUUGUAGAGUCCGAAGAUGAUCCUGUUAUCAAGAAAAUUGCGCUCCGGGAAAUCAGAAUGUUGAAGCAACUUAAACAUCCAAAUUUGGUGAAUCUUCUUGAAGUUUUUAGAAAGAAGAGAAAACUUCACUUAGUUUUUGAGUACUGUGAUCACACUGUCUUGCAUGAGCUGGACCGAUAUCCAAGAGGAGUACCAGAGCAUCUAGUGAAGAGUAUUACAAAGCAGACUCUCCAAGCUGUCAACUUCUGCCACAAACAUAAUUGUAUACAUCGAGAUGUAAAGCCAGAAAAUAUCUUGAUUACGAAACAUGGAGUCAUAAAGCUUUGUGAUUUUGGAUUUGCCAGGAUAUUAACUGGACCAAGUGACUAUUAUACAGAUUAUGUGGCCACGAGAUGGUACCGAGCUCCAGAGCUGCUAGUAGGGGAUACUCAGUAUGGUCCUCCUGUAGAUGUGUGGGCAAUAGGCUGUGUCUUUGCAGAGCUUCUCUCUGGUAUACCCCUAUGGCCUGGAAAGUCAGAUGUGGACCAACUCUACCUUAUCAGGAAAACACUUGGUGAUCUAAUUCCUAGACAUCAGCAAGUAUUUUCCUCAAACCAGUUCUUCAGUGGAGUGAGUAUUCCAGAGCCAGAUAGUAUGGAGCCAUUAUCAAUGAAAUUCCCUAACAUUCCUCAUCACGCCACUGCAUUUAUGAAGGGAUGUCUUCAUAUGGAUCCUUCCAGUCGAUUAACUUGUGAGCAGUUAUUAGAACACCCCUACUUUGACUCAUUUAAUGAAGAUGGAGACUUAGAAAGGGAGCAAGAAAGGAUAGCUAAGAAACGAGGAAGGCAAACUCGGAAACACCAUUGCUUUACUGAAAUACAAAAGUUGCAGUACCUGCCACAGCUCACCAGCAGUAACAUUCUUCCAUCUGUGGAAGGCAAGAAGUACUACAGCAAUAUCCAGAAAUACAACUAUCAUUUCCCAAAUAUUUAG